CAUACGAAUUGCUCCCCUGAAGCUUCCAAUCCGAUCGCGAUCUCCCUCAAUUGAUCUGCCGCGAACAUCGACAUGCUCCCGAAGCAAAUGUAGAUCACCGAGCCGAGAGACAGGGGACCGAUGUGCCAAGCCUUUCUCCCGAGAGCAGAUCUGUAGUAAUCGGCAUAAUCCGUCUCCAGCUCGUAGAAGCUGUUGACGAUCACGCCGUAGCUUUUCAAUUCCGACUCCCUGACCGAUUUCAGCAAAUUCCCGAACCCAGAAUCCCCACUCUGCCUCGCGUACUCCGGCAGCUGCUUCCUGGUCAUGGAAAUUUGACCGGGGAGAUUCGGGAUGAGGAACGGCUCCGAAUCGGAGGAUACCCUUUUGUGCGGCUCGUGGAUCCGGACCGUCUCGGCGGCAGAGAGGGAGAAGAAGCCGGUGCCGUGGAAGACCAGCCUGGGUAUUCCGAAUCUGGCGGCGGCGGCGGUGGACCAGGGGAAGAACAUGUCGGCGACGAGGCAGUCCGGUUUGGAGGAUUCGAGGAGGCUUUCGAGGGGCCCGCGGAGCGAGGCGGUGGCGAGGAAGAAUUUCGGGGCUAGUUCGGCGGCGUCAGGGCGGGAAGUGAUGGAAUCCAUGUUCUCGCAGUUGGGAGGGAGGCCGGAAUCUCCGGCCGCCGGGAAGGCGAUGGUGGUGGUUUCAAGGUUUGGGGUUGCGGCGGCGGCUGGGGCGAAGAAUGGGUGGUUGAGGUCGGUGGUGACGAUGGUGGAUUUGAUGCCCUUGGUGGCGAAGAGUUUGGCCAUGUGGAGGAAUGGGAUCAUGUGGCCGCGCGCCAUGAACGGGAAGAAGAAGAUGUGCAGCUGCUGGAAAUGACUGGUAGUAUCAUCCUGCGCCAUUUUCGUUUUUUUUUUCCUUUGUGGGAGUUAAUUGGGAGAGAAGGAAAUUGGGGAAGAAGAAUGGUGGUGAAAUUAUGUGGAUGAUGAUGCCGCAAUGGAAGUUAAUUAUUGAGCUGCCGGGCAUGGAAAUUGAAAAGAAUAAGAAGAAACUAUUUCUUCGGAAUCUACACGACGCCAUAUUGUGGAGUUACCCUCAAAAUCUCUAGCUCUAAGUAGGCAUGGGCAUUCGGUCGGUUUGGUUUGAACCAAAUAAAAAUAUGCAUACGGGUACUUCAAUUUCAGUAAAAUGGCAAACCUUUCG